GAGAGCGAGGUGGCUGCCUGUUGGAGGAGUCUUUAGAGAAGAUCCUGUGGCCACAGGGUCCUGCAGAGCACAAGCGAGACCCCAAUUAUUUCUCCAGCUGUGUUCGGCCAAACUCUCUGGUCUUUCAGAGCCGUCUUCCUAGACAAGGCUUGGGAUUCUCACCCACCGCUGAACGAGUCAUGAAGAAGCAGUUUGUGGUGCUGGGCUUGUUGGCUGUGGUUCUGGUACUGGUCGUCAUCGUCGGUCUUUGCUUCUGGCUGCCCUCCACCUCCACGAAGCCCAGCCACGUGUAUGCCAGGGCGGCUGUGGCCGCUGAUGCCCUGCGCUGCUCGGAGAUUGGGAGGGAUGUGCUGCUGGACGGCGGCUCAGCGGUGGACGCGGCUAUCGCAGGCCUGCUCUGCACUGGUCUCAUGAACCCUCACAGCAUGGGCAUUGGCGGCGGCCUGUUCCUCACCAUCUAUGAUAGCUCCACGGGGAAAGCUGAGAUUAUCAACGCCCGAGAAGUGGCACCCAGGCUGGCUUACACCAGCAUGUUCAAUAGCUCGGAGGAUUCUGAGAAAGGCGGGAUGUCAGUGGCAGUUCCUGGUGAGAUCCGCUGCUACGAGCUGGCGCACCGGCGACACGGGCGGCUGCCUUGGCACCGCCUCUUCCAGCCUAGCAUCCGGCUGGCCCGAGAGGGCUUCCCUGUGGGCAAGGGCUUGGCGGGAGCCCUGAACCGAACACGGGCCGUCAUCGAGCAGUCUCCUGCCCUGUGUGAGAUUUUCUGCCGGGAUGGGAAGGUGCUUCAGGAGGGGGAAACAGUGACUAUGCAACGGCUGGCCAACACCUAUGAGACGCUGGCCCGAGAGGGGGCCCAGGCCUUCUACAACGGGAGCCUCACAGCCCAGAUCGUGAAGGACAUCCGGGAGGCUGGGGGCAUCAUGACGACCGAGGACCUGAACAACUACCGUGCUGAGCUGCUCGAGCACCCGCUGAACAUCAGCCUCGGGGACUCGGUGCUGUACGUGCCCAGUGCCCCACUCAGUGGGCCUGUGCUGGUCCUCAUCCUCAACAUCCUCAAGGGAUACAACUUCUCCCCGGCAAGUGUGGGCACCCCUGAGCAGAAGGCCCUGACGUACCACCGCAUCGUGGAGGCGUUCCGCUUCGCCUAUGCCAAGAGGACCCUGCUUGGGGACCCCAAGUUUGUUGAUGUGUCUAAGGUGAUCCACAACAUGAGCUCCGAGUUCUUCGCAGCCCAGCUUCGAGCCCGGAUCUCUGACAACACCACGUACCCAGUCUCCUACUAUGAGCCCGAAUACUACGCACCUAACGAUGGGGGCACCGCUCACCUGUCUGUGGUCUCGGAGGAUGGCAGUGCUGUGUCUGCCACCAGCACCAUCAACCUCUAGUAGGGGUCGUGAGGCUGCUGGGUGAUUUCCCAAGUCAGUGGCAUCCUGUUCAACAAUGAGAUGGACGACUUCAGCUCUCCCAACAUCACCAACCAGUUCGGGGUGUCCCCUUCGCCGGCCAAUUUCAUUGAGCCAGGGAAGCAGCCACUCUCGUCCAUGUGUCCGUCGAUCAUUGUGGGCAAGGACGGCAAGGUCCAGAUGGUGGUGGGAGCCUCUGGCGGCACGCAGAUCACCACAGCUACUGCGCUGACCAUCAUCCAUAACCUCUGGUUUGGCUACGAUGUGGAGCGGGCUGUGGAGGAACCCCGGCUGCACAAUCAGCUGCUGCCUAAUGUCACAACCCUGGAGAAAGACGUUGACGAGGCAGUGGCUGCAGGCUUGAAGACCCGGCACCACGAAACCGAGGUCACCCCCACCUUCAUCGCUGUGGUCCAGGCUAUCGUUCGAACAGCCAGCGGCUGGGCAGCGGCCUCGGACUCCAGGAAAGGCGGGGAGCCGGCCGGCUACUGAGUGCCCACUCCGGAUAAACCAAGACUGGCCAGCAACCCAGGGACAAGAUACCAGGCGCUAGAGUGGGGCUCCGGGGACGGGCUCUCGCGAUGCGUGGCAGAGCAGCAUAAUAAAUGGGGCCACCGUGCCACACUCUGGGCAGCCUACAGGCCAGGUUCUCUCCUCCCUGGCCGUCAGUGUCCUGUAUGUGAAACAG